AUGCCAGGCUGGAUAAACAAUGAUUCUAAUUCUUCAGAUCCCGGAAAACAGCGAAGAAGAUGGGAAAUAGAAGACAAAAAAUUGCUCAAAAAUUUAAAAUAUCAAUUGGCUAAUGAUGGCUCCAGUGAAGUUCAAUACGAUCUUGGAAAACAACUUUUAGAAGACACCGAAGAGAUCGCAAGACAAAUUCAAGGCAUCGGAUAUCUCAAAAAAGCAGCAGAACAAGGACAUGAAAUGGCUCUCGAAUUACUUGGAGCAUGUUUUCGUACUGGAAGAGGGAUUACAGCAGCGAAUGAAAAUGAUGUAAGAAAAUUCUUAUCAAUGACUCCAAGUGAAAGAUCAGCCAAACGAGCAGCUCAGGAAUUGUUUGCUUCACUUUCUGGUGGUGAAGAAUUUGUGACAGUCGAACAACUUGAAAAACGAAUGCGUGAGAUUUAUAAACUUCAAAAGAAGAAGAAAAAGCAUGAAGAUGUUCCUGGACCUUCGAACAAUGGAAAUAUCCCGAUUAAAGAUAAAGACGCUGAUGAUGAUGCAAACAGCAGCUCGUCAUCUUCACCAGCUCAUUUUAAUUCACCAAGGGAUCGAAUCAUGGAUGAUAGUAAUCACAUUUCCGAAGCAAAUCUCCUAUCAGCUGCACAUAAUUAUUCAAAUGGAAUCAUUCCAACAGUCAAUCAAGCACUUGCUGUCUCAAUACCUCAUCCACAAUCACUUGAUCAUGUUCCAUGCUUGCAUCGACCUUUUUUCCAUCCAACGAUGUUCUUUGCGCUUCUUUAUCAUCAAUUUAUCACAAUAUUCUCAUCAGUACCAGGAACAUUCAACACCAGAUUGCAAAUCUUCAUUGUUCUUGCAUAUGCCAUCACAUCUACUGACAACUUCUCAAUUUUUCUGCCUACCAUCGCUUAUUAUAUUUCACUUUCUAUUAUGAUUGUGUCAAGCUUCAAGAUGCUGAAAACAAAACAUGAAUUCAUAGACUUUCGUAUUUGGUCAGGAUUGUUUUUAAGUUAUGAUGAUCAUGUCAAUGCAAGAGAUUCAGAAAAUCUUUACUUGAGAAACAACAUGAAACCAUAUUUAUGGUUUUUCACAUCAUUUGCUGCUAAUUUGAUGUUAUUUCCAUUGAUUUCUGAUCAAUGGUUGCCACAUUCAGAAAUAACUGUUGUGGCUUUUGUGUUGACCUUUUUGACAAUGUUUUGCUUCAUGUACACGUCAUCGUCAAGUGUUCCUGAUCUUUUAAUGCUGUUUUCAUUUGCACUGAAUGUAUUAGCGAAAUAUCCAUAUGAGUUGGAUACAGUUGUGACGAAUAAAUGGCGAUUUCUCGAUUUGAAGCUUCCUGGAUUCUCGACGUAUGUUAUCGGGUCUGGAAUUGAAUUUUCAAUGAACAGUCGUGGACUUCUUUAUCUCAUGAUUCCUGUCUUCAUGUUCUUCCUCGCAAAACGUCGUAAUUGGCAAGGAAUUUUCCAAUUUUUAAUACCUCAUUGUGUGACUUUAGCAUGGCUUCAAAUUAGCAUUAUCAGUGCACAAUCAUCAACAACUUUCGGAAUGAUUCGUUCAUCAUUAGCUUUAGCAGGAAUUUUCUUCUUUCUUCCAUUGUUUGGAUUAGUCACACUUUUGAUUCCUGUUUUUGCUGCUGUUGAAUGGAUGUCUUUGACAGACGCAACAAAUCGAAUUUUCGUAACGAUUUCUACAUCAAUCAUUGCAAUAAUUGGAUCAUGUUUUAUGGCAAUAUCAAAUCGUGUUGGAAAAUACGUGACAUUGGUGCAAAUCUUGUUAUGCAUUCUCGCCAGUUGCUUCUUGUUUCGACCUUACAUUAUGGGGAAUAACGAGACAUUAUAUGCUUCAUAUAUACAACAAUCGUCAACGGAAUCAAAAAAUGAACAAAACCAAAGAAUUCUCGAUUCACUUGAUGACACAAAUUCACUCAAUUGGGACUUUUAUCACAAAUAUUGUUUGAGUUCAUCACAUUCAAAUCGAAUCAGCACCCAAAUUCGUUGUUCACAUCUCGAUGGAUCGGAAGUUUAUUGGGACGGUAUUGUCUCGGAUGUAAGCAUUGGAAAUGCCAAGAAUUGGAGACGUGACGUUUUAAUGAAUUACAUUCCUGAAAUUCUCUCCAAUUAUCUAAUCUGCUACUUUGGUGAACUGAAUCAAGUGAAUUGUUUUGAUGGUGAACAUUGCGAGAUUAAAGAUUUUAUUGAGGGACAAAAGAAAUGUAAUGUCGAUAAAUGGAAUACUUACGAAUAUGAAAUUGAAGUUAAAGUUCCUUCGUCAUCAUCUGGAAUACUUAAUCUAAACACGAGACAUGAAUCAAAAGUUCUCAUCAAAGCUGAACAUGAAUUUGGUAAUUUUACGCAACGACUCAAUGCGUCUGAUAAGAUUUGGUUCAAAGGAAUCUUGAGAACGUCGCUUAACUCAAAAGUUGAUGAAUUUUCAGCACAAAAGUCUUAUGACACUGACGUACUAAAAAGAAAACGUUACACAGUCGUUGAACUGACCUCCAUUGGUUGUCUUCAUUGUGCUGACAAUUCUUUAUCCCCUUCAACUCUUAAAAGCAAUCUGAAAAUGAACAAUCGAAUUAAAGAUCUACAAAGAGCAUUGAAAUAUCUUCUCAAUGUAUUGUUUAAUCCUCUCGUCACAUUCAAAUGA